GGUUCAGGGUGUGUUGCUGUCGCUGGCAGGUGUAGAAGCAGGUUGAGCAGGUUGUUCCCUCCCUGCUGGGCCCUCCUCCCUCCUUCCCUGCUCCUCUCUCCGGGCCGACUGCUGAUUCACUCUCACGCGUUGGCAGCUCAGUGAGCAGAUUCUGUUGCCCGUGCACCUGUUCUCAUCUGAUAUAGCCUAAGAAUAAGAGUGAAACCAGAGGGGGAAAUGGAACGGUAUUUAAAAAUCACAGCAGGCCUCCUUCUGCUAGUCCAAGCUUUUCACUUGGCAUCGCUCCAAUAUACAACUGAGUCUACGGGGCGGACAAUUGAUAUAAGCUGGCUCCGUGAACUAAAGACUAAAAAUACAGCUGGAAGUCCAAAUGCUGCAUUUCCUGGAGAGGAGACAGAAUAUGAUCAGAGAACUGAUGGAACUGCUCAGGAGUCAAGUAAUGAUUACAGCAGCGGGAUACCAUCUGGCUCCAUGGCAUUAUAUACUGAACAAGAGGAGAAUGUGUCCGACCCUGAUAAGGAUGCUGAUGACGAAUCUGAUGAUCUGACUGUUGUCAGGGCCACUGUGCCCCCCACAACUCAGACAACCAAACAACCUAAACCGUCAAACACCACCAUUUCCCCAACUACAGCUCCCACAAACUCAAGCCAGCUCAACAUGACGGGCACCAAGAAAGAAACGCAUAACUCUACAAUGACUCCUCAAAACUCCACAGCACAAAACUCCACCAGCGUUUCACACAACUCCACUCCCACUAAUGUACAGACCGCGGCUCCAAAGCGCAACGCUACGCAGGAAUCCACCACAAAACAAGACAAAGGCGCAUCGUUAACUAACGCUACACAAUCUACCAACAAAACAACAGUGACGACCACUGCGGCGCCAGAGAGAGACGAGACGCCCACCACGUCUUCAUCCACGACUGCCGCCGCUCCGAACACACCUGAGAGGGCUAACAGGACAGAGAAAGGCUCAGCCUCCGGGGGCAGCUCAGAAAGAGGUUUGGAAUCAGAUACCCACACGAGUAAAAGAAACGGAGCGUGGGGGGCUGUACUGGGAACAGGGGUGGCUGUGGCCUUUCUGGGACUGGUGGCCUACCUGAUCCUGAAAAAGAAAAACCAGAUGGGUUUCUCUCACAGGAAGCUGGUUGAAGAGUAUCCUUCAGACCCAGUUCUCAGAUUAGACAACAGCGAACCAUUGGACUUGAACUUUGGUGGUUCGGCCUAUUACAACCCAGGACUCCAAGGGGACAGCAUCCAAAUGAACAGCCUUCCAGGACGCCACUGAAAGACUCCCAAGACCAAAAUCAUCAUCAUCAUCUCCCUUCAAUGAAAGUCUGCCAAUUAUGCUUUACUGGCAUUUGGUAGACAACCCAGAAUGUGGAGUUUUGUACAUAAAUUGACUGAAAGUGACAUUUGUGGAUGGAAAUUACAAAUGAGUUUGAAAAGGUCUGUUGUCAGCCACCACAAAUGAUACUUAUGUUAGAUUAUGCAUUGUGCUGAGUAGAUUUAUUGCAUUGAAGUAGAGGGAUCGCUGAAGGCAAUCUAUCUGAACUACACUGCAACAGCCAAAAUGAACUGUCAGCCAUUUCUAUGUGUUGCCAAAGGGAAUCAAAUGUCUCUCCGAGUGAAGAAUAUUCUUUGCGGUCAAUGAAGGAUGUUAAAAAUUAAUAUUGGUUCUAACUUUUAGUUUCAUUUUAGUUAUGUUUUUGUGUGGAUAGGAACCACAAAAAACUGUUAAAGACAAACAAAUACAUUUGCAUAUGAUCAGAUCAGCUAAAGAGAAGACACCAGAAUGUGACUCCUGCUGAUGCAAAACAUUUGCAGGGAAAAAGUGCUGCUGCUCUGCAGCCUCAGUAACAGUUGACACAGCUGGCUCUCAGAGGCCUUUGCAACAAAAUUCAGAAGCCACAGUGAACAAUAACAUUAUCCAUAUCAACAAUAUCCUGCUGUUAUGGCAUAAGGAAGGCAAUAAUGAGUUAAAUUUGAACUGCGCUUUCAGAUAUUCCACAACAGGCACGCACAGCCAGAGACUGAGAAUUGAACCGUCAAACCAAAGACUUGAGUUUGUUUUUCUACGCCAGCGAGGGAGGUGGAGGGAGGCUGGAUGCUGUUUUGUUAUUCAUAGACUGAGGUUUUGGUAUUCAGGAAGGGAGUUGUGUAUUUGGUCUUAGCACUACUCAGUAGCAACAACUAUAUCAUCAUAAUAUACUGCUUAGAUCUUCUGACCUCCAGGUGUCCAAACAGAGAUUUAAGUUUCUCGUAGCGACAGCGUGCACCUUGGAGAGUUACACCGCGUUUACCUGCUGCAUGCCUUGAGAAAAAUCAGAACAUACCUGAUGCAGAAUUUUUCAAAACUGUUUUUUUUUAUUGUUAUGCUUCUCCUAAGUUUGCUUUAACUUUGAGUGACAACCUUCAGCAAGGAAAGUGUCUCCUUUUUUUUUUUUUGACUGAGACAAUACAGCUGGGCAAGGAGGGAAUAGGCAGGGACUGCAGCUCUCUAUGUAUCUAAUGCCAUUGUACCAUAAACAUCUAAUAUUUCAUAAUUGCUCAUUUCUAAACUUGCUUACUUUUCUACGUUAUAUAAAAAAAACAGACUUUUUUAAGUGUAUAUGUGAAGAAAAUCCAUCCAGAAAAUCCAUCUUCCUGCUGCUUCCAUCCUUUCACUCAUCAUUACCAGAGUGAAGCCCACACUCAAUCAAUAUGCGUCCUUAUUAUGAUUGAUAUGUACCUCAGCUUGGCCUAAACAGCCAACAAUAACUCUGAGAUGUGUGAUUUUUUUGGGGGGGUGGUUAGAUGGUUCGGAGGCAGGCGUGGCAGGUCUGCUUCCUUCCUCGUCCUAAUUUCAGACAUCAAUCAGCGCGAGAGGCAUUUUGUCUGAUGGAGAGAGAGGAGCUUUGUGUCGCAGUGCUGAGGAACCACAGUGAUGACUGCAGAAAUGAUGAAGGGCUUAUGGAUAAUGGGAGACUUCUACAUCGGUUACCACUGCUUGUGAAGUGUAAUGAAACUUGAUCAUGCCUAAAUAAACAACCAAA